CAACCCCUCUUCCCCUCUCCCCUUCUGCAUUGACUUCUUCCUCCUCAACCUCAAACCGAUUCAUCACUUCUUCACACCCCUGAAUUUAUCUGCAUUUCCAUCCACGCCCUUAUCUCUGACCUGAAUAUUUUCAGGCACCUGUUCACAUCUGUAGUAGCAUCACCACCACCACCUUCCAAUGUGUGCAGACGUAUGGUGGUUUCGUACCCCGUGAGGAGAAGGCAAGAAAAAUCCGCAGUUUCCCCCAAAAAAUUCUACCUUUCUGUUACUGCCAGAAUUUUCGCCACCCCCUGUAGCUAUCCUUAUUCUGAACCAAACCCUCCAAUGCUGCAGUGAACAGAGAGAGAGAGAGAGAGCAGCAGCAGCAGCAGCAGCAGGGCAGGAGGUUGGGCUGCGGCGCAGAGAGGGGAGGGGAGGGGAGGAGACCGAUGCCACCGGAGCACGGCCGCGUUUCCAGGGUGUAGCACGGGCCCUCUUUCCGGUGGCAGCCUUCAAUGCCAUCUCGAUCCGAUACCAGCUGCAUCUCUCCCGUCUUCUCCUCCUCCUUCUCGAUUCACUUCGGCUUCAUCGGCUACUCGGGAUUUUUUUUUGUUCCUUUCGGGGGUAGAGAAGUUGGCAUUUUGAUCCGGCUCCCGUGCGCCUUCUCUUCUCUGCCCGAUUCAACCGGCAGCGGUCUCUGGGAGGAUUCUUGAGUAGCCUAUCCAAUUGCUUGUUCUUCAUCGACCUCGACAAGUUCUAAAGUUCCAAUUUUCGAUAUUUACACAAACCAUAGAUUCUUGUAGUUCAGCCAUCAUAUAAGCAAGCUGUUGUGACUUGUGAGAAUUCAACUUCAGAUGGGCCAAGGAAUCACAGCAAUUCCUGGCCUUAGGUCUCUUGGAGGCGUUUCCUCUGACAGAUUCCUUUUCUCCUUCGCGGAAUUCUACUUCAAUAUGUGGUUUCUGCUAAUCCAGGCAUCCAAAGUUGGAAUUUGAUCACCUGUGAGAUAGCUUCUCUUUGCUUUCGUAUUUGCCAGAAUGGAGAAAGAGAAUUCAUGGCUGAGGAGAGCCAAGUUCUCCCACACUGUGUACACUAGGUUGGAUCACCACUGGUCACCUAUUGCUCCCCUUGGCAGGGAUGUGGAGCAGAAACUGCAGAGAUUUGUAAGUAUGGGAAAGUCUGUGUCGAUGCCUGUUAACCGGGACGAGGAUGCAGAGGCUGCAUUCAAGCACUCUGUGAGCUUGCCAACAGCCCGCUCCUCGCUUCAGCUUGAUAAGAAUAAGGCCAACAAGCAGAAGGCAGAUUUCGAUAUUCCUUCAAGCCCUCCCGUGAACUCUGUUAAUUCGAAGGGCCUGAAGGCAAAGAGUCUGGUCAAGAGCCCAAGCUCUGCGAUGCUACUCAGCUACUUAAACAAGGCACACCCGAACCGGGAUUAUAGUCUCAAGAAGGCUGAUGGAUCUCAGCACAAGCAGAGGUCAAAGUCACCUCUUCCAAGUGUAGUGCCUUCUGAUGUGUUCAGAGAAGCAAGAGCAAGUAGCAGGAGGUUUACAAGCCCUCCCCCAAAGCAUAGAGGAUCUGAAAGAAACAUCUAUGGCAAAUCGUUUGGUAGACAAGUGUCUGAUAUUAGCCAAAGCCCUGAUCUGUGUUCAAGUCCAGUGGCCUCUGAUAAGCACAAAUCUGUAAAGGAUAGCUCAUGGACAAAGCGAUAUUUUGACAAUGGUGGAAGGAGAAGAGUUAGUGCGGUGGAUCCUACUGAUGCUCGGAGAAACCAUGGGGUUAGCAUGGCUCAGGCAGUUCAAACUACAGUUGAUUGGACACUCGAUCCAUCCAAACUGCUCGUUGGGCACAGAUUUGCUUGUGGGGCAUAUAGCCGACUGUACAAAGGUCUCUAUGAUGAUAAACCGGUUGCUAUUAAAUUUAUUCGGCAACCUGAUGAUGACGACAAUGGGAAGAUGGCUGCAAAACUUGAAAAGCAGUAUAAUAGUGAGAUCAAUGCUCUAUCUCACCUGUAUCACAGGAAUGUGAUCAAGCUAGUAGCAUUCUAUAAAUGCCUGCCAGUUUUUUACAUCAUUACUGAGUUCCUUCCUGGAGGUUCCCUGAGGUCAUACCUAAACAGCACAGAGCAUCACCCUAUCCCUCUGGAGAAAAUCAUAUCCAUUGCUCUUGAUGUUGCCCGUGGGUUGGAGUACAUUCACUCUCAAGGGGUUGUACACCGUGACAUUAAGCCAGAGAACAUUCUCUUUGAUGAGAACUUCUGUGUAAAGAUUGCUGAUUUUGGGAUUGCCUGUGAGGAGGCAUUGUGCGAUGUUCUAGUGGAGGAUGAAGGCACUUACCGGUGGAUGGCCCCUGAGAUGAUCAAGCGUAAGGCAUACAACCGGAAGGUUGACGUCUAUAGCUUUGGAUUACUCCUGUGGGAAAUGGUAUCUGGAAGAAUUCCUUUUGAUGACUUAACCCCUCUCCAGGCGGCUUAUGCUGUUGCCACUAGGCAUGCGAGACCAGUAAUUCCUCCAGAAUGUCCAAUGGCUCUCAGACCGUUGAUUGAGCAAUGUUGCGCAUUGCAGCCUGAGAAGAGGCCUGAUUUCUGGCAGAUUGUUAAAAUUCUGGAGGAAUUUCAUUCUGUUCUCUUGCAAGGUGGCUGCCUUGACUCACUGAAGAACAGCACCUGCCAGGAUCAGAAAAAGCGACUUCUGCAUUGGAUUCAAAAGCUGAAGCCCUCACAUAGCACCUGAGUUCUUGUAGACUAGCAUCCUGUAUGCCGAUAUUUUAUCAGGUUCUGUAAGCCCCCUAGUUUAGCAUGAGAUUUACCUUUUGUUCUUUUGAAUAGAAAGGGUGAACCUGUAUUCUAGUAGGAUGCUUGGAGAUGUUUAUCAGGUUUAUAGUAGCUGUAUAUGGUGAUUCCCUUUUACUUUUCUAUUUUGUUAAAUUUAGUGUCAGAUCAUUCACAUUCAGGUGCCUUACUUUAAAAAAAGCAGCAUUAUUAGCCUACAUAUAUCGUAAUCACUCAUUUAUAUUAAGAUUUUAUAAAACAAACUUAUGCAGAGUUGACUCCAGGCCGUCAAGGACAGGAAAAAUGGCGUUGUUAAUACAAUUAUUGUACCUUUUAUUAUUAUGUCCUCCUAAGUAUGAUGC